CUCUACUUUUAUUAUGGCAGGAAGGACGCGGAAGUUUAGAUGAACGUGCAGACAGCAAAGCUGCAAUCUGGAAAACAUGGUGUGCCUGCAAAGAGGUUAAUGCGUAACACGUCUCGUAAGGUCCUCUACAAAGUGGGAUACACAUGGAACAGGGGUGGAAGACUUAAAGAGCUCAGGAUAAGGCAUCUUGCACGGAAGUUUUUUCACCUCUGGGUCCAAAAGACUUUUGGGCGAAUCACUAUAUCAAAAGCCAGAUCUCACUAUCGAAAAGUGCUUCUGAGGAAGGCUUUUAGUUCCUGGAAAGAUGAGUGGUGGCAUGCAAGAAAAGAAUGGACCCUAACUAUCAGAGCAGAUUGUCAUUUUAAAUAUGUCCAGUACAGUAAAGUGUACCAAGCCUGGCGAAAGUAUGUAUCCAUCCAGACAGAAGAGAAAAGAAAGCUUCAGAUUGCUGUCAACUUUGCGGUGCAGCAUCUGUUGCGUCCUGUCUGGGAGGGCUGGGAACUUUACGUGGAAGUGAGACGCUUAAAGCACAGGAUGCAUGAGACAGCCGUACAGCGCCGGAGACUCAGUGCUACUAGAUGGGCAUGGUGUGAAUGGCAAGCUAUGCUACGGCAGCGCAGAAUAGAGCAUCAUCAGGAAGAGCUAGCUCUACAGCAGUGGACUACUACUGUGCAGAGCAGAGCAUGGCUGCGGUGGAAAAACAAGUACAUAGAAGCCUAUAGCUUGCAAAAGAAAGAAGCUAGAGCUCACAUUCACUUCUGCCAGCAGCUGCAGCGACGUGCACUACGAGGCUGGAUUACACACACUCAACACAAACAAGUUAAAAAACAAGCAAAAGUCCUAGCUGGUAGUGUGUGGUGCAGCUCUGUGGUGAGAAGACACUGGUGUGUGUGGUACAGAGCAUUUCAGUGCAGACAGGCAGAUAAAGACAGGUUACAGAUUGCGGAUAAUCUAGCACGCCGCGCCACACUCAGACAUGCCUUUUGUCACUGGAGAAACUAUGUUCACAUGCGCUCAGAAAAGGCAGAGAGAAAACUAACUGCUAUGCAACAUCACCACCGUCAGUUGUUGUGUUUGGGGUUCAAAGCCUUGGUCCUGAAUGUCAGUCAAUGUAAAACUCAUCAAAUCAACAAGAACAUUAGUGUACAGCAUCAUCAGCGCACAAUUAUGAUGAAAUAUUGGAAGCACUGGCAGAUGCGUUUGGAGCAGAUUGAAGAUCGGAGUCUUCAGCCUCAGAUGACUAUAGCAGUCAAACAACACAGGUUUUUAUUGUUGAAAGUUUAUCUUCAGAGAUGGCGGGAGCAUUUUAGAGAGCACCAACACAUGCAGGAUCUAGAGUUGCGAGCUGACUCUUUCUUUAAAAGACGGUUCCUUCCACGGUGUGUAAAAUCAUGGAGAAUAUAUGCAGAGCAAAGAAUGGAGCGCAGGACAAUGCGAGAAAGAGCUGAACUUUGUCUCAAAGAGCAGCUGCACAGCUGGGCUUUUUAUACUUGGUGGGAACGUUCUACACAUCUGAAGGAACAGAGACUGGCGGAGAGGAUGGCAGUGUUGCAUGCAGAGCAAACGUGUCUCUCCCGGGCCUGGUCUAAGUGGCUGUCUAGGGCAUUGCAACAGAAAAAGGACAGGCUUUCCCAAGCAAAAGCUGAGACUCUUUACACACACACUCUACUUAACAAGAUGCUGAAGCAGUGGAAACACAGCGUGAAAGACAUCCAGAUAAGUCUGGGGCAUUUUGAGCAGGCUGUGGUUCAUGACGGCCACCGGUGCAUGAGGAGAGCCCUGACUGGCUGGCGGGAGUAUGUGGAAUACAGAAAAGAGAAGACUAAUCAGCUAAUGCAAAUGAAUGAGCACUACGAAAGGAAGCUGCUUAAGCACAUGCUAGAGGCCUGGAAGCAACACCAUGUGCAGACCCAACACAUCAGUGCAAGAGUAGAGAAAUGUUACCAACAACAUCAGCAAGAUCUUGCCAGGAGGAUGCUGUGUUUAUGGAGAAGGAACGUUCUUCUGUCGGUGGAACAGAGAGAAAAUGAGACGAGAGCAAAGUUCCAUUAUGAACACUGCCUUCUGUCAAAGGUGUUGUUGGCAUGGCGUCAGAGAUCAGCAUUUACAGCUCUUCAUCACUGCCAGCAGGAGGAAACACUGAGAAACGCUGAAGUCCAACUACACAGAGUGCGAAUGCAGACAGAUUUCAGGAAGUGGAGGAAGAGACAUGGUGAAGUAAGAGAAGAAAGGCUGUCUGUGGAGAAAGCCUGCAGACAUCACCACCAUGUCCUGCUUAGAAAAAGCUUCAGGGCCUGGAUCAUCUUUAAUCACAAGCACAAAGACUAUCAGGUUCUGAAAAACAAGAGUACCGAGUGGCACAAACUAAAAAUGUGUCAACGUUUCUUUCUCCUCUGGAAAGUAGAGCAACAGAGCAGGUGGAAAGAGGCAGAGCAAACAGAGUUAGCUCUCUGGCACUGGUCACUGAACCUGCAGGCCAAGGUGUUGUAUGUAUGGAGGCAGUGGGUCGCUGAACGUCACAGAAAGCAUGGCCGACUUGCAGUGGCGGCUCAGUUCUACAGGGACGAGCUUCUACGUCAGGGCGUUACGCACAUCCUCAUAUACACAGCACACAUGAGUGCUUUCUCCACAGACAUGGCUCUUCACAGCCACGAGGAGAGUUCUCGGCAGCUGCAGGCGGUGGUGAGAAGGUGUUUCUUGCGGUGGAAGCAGCACGCGUUGUGGAAGCCUUCACAAACCAGAGAAAUAGCAACAGAAAAAGAAGGGCUUCCUAAAAUGAAAAAGAGUGUGUCCUUUUGUCUGCCUGAAGACCAGACUCACACUCAACACUCAGUCAAGACUCUGGUUCCAGAGCCGAGCUCAGGGGAUUCCAUUAUGAGCAAAUUGUUGCUGGUUCGAGCGUCUAGACUGCAACCUCGAAGGCCUGAUGACCUGUUAUGCUCUCCAGCCAAAGACUUGCUGCAACACUCCAAGCACGACAGACACUGUAACGCAGAUAACAAAGACAAAUCGGCACCUAAUAACAGUGUUCAGAAGCAAAACACAUGGCAGACUGACACUGGGUCUGCAUCGUUACCUGCAGCAUCUAUUCCAGUCCUUUCUCUGCCCCCCUCUGUUUUACAUCCUUCCACCCAACAUCAGUCUUCUGUUUCAAUCACAAAGCCUUCAGGUACUUCAGGAAACACCUCCACACUGUCCUGUGCUGUAAGCAAGGAACUUCUGCUACCUCCAUCUUCAUUUACUGCAGCCAGGACAAAGUGCAAGAGAACAAGUUUAAGAAAAAAGGAUCCAUCACUCCUCUCCCCUCAGUAUUUCACCCAUACUAAACCUCUUGAACAAGCAGAUACCAUAAAUAAAGAAGACGAAGAUGAUGAUGAUGAGGAAACUUUGGUGCAGGCAACCUUUGACCCAACUGAAUCUUUAACCACAGAGCUACUAGAAAUCAAACUGGACCUGCAGAGAUACCAGCAAGAUAGAAAUCAGUUGCAGACAUGGCGUAAACUUCAGAAGGUGAUGAGAAAUUGGCUCCAGACUACAGGCAGUGAUGGAGAUACUGAAGAAAGAGAGAACAUUAUACAGGAAUUAAAUGAGCUGGAGAUUCGUAUUUCUGCCCUGUCUGUGAAAUUGGCUGAGCAGAAACCCACCAUGAUCUGCCAUGUUGCACGGAUCAGCAGCUUAGAAAGCCAGUUGCAGGAAUCCAGAUGAAUUUCGACUUAUAUAACUUAAAGUGGGGCUAUUAAAUGAACACAGUAUAAGCCUUCUUGUUUUCUGAAGACUUGUAUGAUAAGUGUUUGGCUGUCAUGAAAGGCUUUAUCAGUUAAACUCUUACUGUUUUAUAAGCUUAUUGUACAAUAAAUGAGCAGGCUUAAAUCGGGUAACACUACAUAGUUGCGUAUGAUUAAUAACUAAUUAUUUUGCUUAGUGUAUUUAGUGUUGCAAGCGGUUGGCUGGGGCGCCAUCUAGCGGGCAUAAUUGGCAGUGCUUGCAGGGAGGGAUGACCGGACUAUGUGGGUGGGCUCUUCAAAUGCUGUGUAAGGACUCUAAUUAGCAGAUAGAGAGGCACCUGUGCAGAAUGCAUGGGUGAAAAAAGGUUCCGCUAAGGGCUGCACGCGGGUCAGAGGAGGCGUGAGCAGCAAUAUAUACCCACCUCGACUGCAAUCAGGGAUCCCCCAGCAGCGGUAGACAGAUUGACUUCACUAAAUUGGGAGAAAAUGGAAGAAAAUGCAUAAAUAAAAUAGAAAAAAAAGCUUUUAGUGUUGUUUGCUAUUGACUUUGCCGUUCUUGUCACUUUGCACAUUUCUGUGUGACAAAAAUAAUGUAUAUUUUGUGUAAAGUUUCAUGGUAAUAAAUGAAUUCAGCUGUUUAUUUUUGGUAUUACUUUAAAGGGCUGUUAUUCACAUAAAUGUUAUAAUUUAA